CAAAGAUUAGAACAAGGAGUAGACUGACUUCUUUCGCGCCAAAUUGGAGUUGAGAAAUCGGACCAUAAACAAAGUGAAUUACGUCAAACAGUAUCCUUAUAAUAUGUAAUAAUAUUUACGACGUGGUGUCUUGUGCAGCAGUACAUGUGAAUUGCUGAUAUAUUCUGCAGAAACAGUCAUUCACCUCCAAAAAUGGCUAAAGAAUACAUUACAGGCAAAAGCUGGGUUGAGUUAAUGGAGGAAGAGGAAGAAACCUCAGGAGAAGAACUACAAUCUCGGGAUAAAGAAUUAGCCGAGGAAGAGAGGCUUCUAGCUGAGGACGACUUGGAUACCAUGGGAGAAAGGCUAGAAGUUAAAAAAGAAAAUUUUGAUGCUGAUGAGGUGACUAAGAAAAGUGAAGAACAAAAGCUGCAUGAAGAAAGCUGUUUGGAUGUACAAGAGCAUUCCAGAACUGAAUUGAAGGGAAAACUUGAAGUUUCUGAUAUUAAAGUGAAAACAGAAAUGGAAGCUUCUUCAACCCAUGAGUUGUCUACAAAAGCUAUUUUGCCAAAUGAUAAAAUCAAGACUGAGGCAGGCACUCACAUUAGAUGUAAUGGGGAUGCUUCAGUUGUUGGUAUCAAGCAAGAGACAAAUGUGUGUACUAUAAAGAUAAAAAGUGAAGUUGAGGAAAUUGAUGAUGAUAAUGAUCGAAUUUCAAAAGAACUGGAUCUCAUGGAAAAUGAGUUGUUUAAUGUACAAGAGGAAAACAGUGAUUCCGUAAAAGACAGGGUUAGCGAUUUUGUAAAAGUUGGCAUUAGUGAUUCUGUAAAAGAUAAUGUUAUGAAAUGUAAAGACAGUCUCAUUGUAGAGAGCAGUGCAAAUAGUGUCACUAAGGAAACUGAAACACACACAUUUGUACACCCAGAAACAAUGGUUAAUGGUGAUCAUAAAGCUUCUGAUAAGAUGGAUGAUACGAGACAUGUUUCAACUAGCACACAGACUUCACCAAGGAAAAAUAGAAAUACCCGUAAAAGGAAAAGUUCGUCCAAUGUAGGAAACAACAGGAGGAAAUAUUCUUGCAGGGAUCCAUCUGCAAGCAGUAGUAGCAGUGGUCGCAGCAGCAAUGCUACAACACCUCGUAAAGAGAAGAAGCCAGUUGAGUAUGAAAAUGACCCUGAAAUUCUAGCUAGGAGGCAGAAACAAAUUGAUUAUGGGAAGAAUACAAUAGGCUAUGAUCGCUACAGGCAGCUAAUACCGAAGGAGAAGCGUACCAACAGGGAUCCACGGACUCCACCUAAGCACAUAAAAUAUAGCCGACGUGCCUGGGACGGCAUGGUGAGAAUCUGGAGACAACAGUUACAUGCUUGGGACCCUACUCCUGAUGACAAGGAGUCCACAACGCUGCCCGAAUUGAAUGUGUCCGUGGAUGUGAGUUCUAUGCCAUACAAGAGGAGAAUACAUUCUUGUACUGCAUCCUCUGCCUCUGGAAGCACAGAAGAUGUUGGAGCUGAUGAUUUUAUCUCACUUGACUAUGAGGAUGGUGAUUUAGAAUGAUUGUCAAUUGUGUUUGUACUGUGUAGUGAAGACACAACUCUCAGUUCAAGCCUGAUGCUGUUUUUUUAUUGCUGAAAUGACUCUGCGUACUGCAGAGAUGUUUUUGUGCUUCAGUUAUUUUGUCUGUACUUGCAUGUAUUAUAAAUUUUAGUAGCUUAUUUUUGUACGAUAGCUAGGUAAUAAAUAGCUGUAAGCCAGAUGAAGGCAAGUUGCAAUGUAUUCGACUGUAAAUAGCUCUUUUGUUUGUGUGACUUUAAUGUAACCUGGAGUUUUAACGUAUCUCCAUGACUGAGAUGAAAAAUAUAAUAUGCAUUGGGAGUUGCUUGUAAAGCCAGGCUGUGCCAUGGUCUUAUGUAUACUCCUCUCCAUUGAGAAACUGACAUUACCAAUUUGUGUAGAAAAAUACUGACACAUGUUUUAGUUGUUAGUUUCAAAAGAUCACAAAUGCCAUAUCUUCAGAUUUGUGCACCUUAAGACAUUGGCGCUAAAAUGACAAAGUAAAAAAAAAAAUUUUUUUUUCAUAAUUCUUGGAGCAUAUUUGAUCUGUUUUUAUUUAAGAUGAAUGAAAAUGAUUCAUUGGCUCUGUUUGUUAUAAAAUUUGUACAUGUUGAUUUAAGUAGAAUUUUCUUUUAUAAUUUAGGAAUUAUUUUGUAAUACAAUUGCAUCAGAAAAACUUUAUAUAAGGAUCUAUUUAUUCAUGUAUUCGAUUAUCGUAGUAAAAAGAUAUCAGCUUCUGGAACCAGUCAUACAUGACAGUGCCUUGAUAUUUUGUUGAGUAAAUUAUUUAAGUGUAUGAGUAUUAAAACUGUUAACAAAAGACCAAUUUAUAGAGACUACAUAUUUUACAAAUGUGUGCAAUAGCCUACAGUUAGAAAUAUCAAGUUGCUGGUUGAAAUUUCUGAAAGUGAUAGAAGAUAUAACUACAGAAAGUGUAGACGUAAAUGUGUAAAUAUGAACUUGUGUGUCUUGCACUUUCUGUAUGCAUUAAUAGUGCAUGUUGCAGAAUUAUAAAUGUCAUGUUGUAAAACAGUUCAAGAAUUGUAAUCGUUCGAUGUGGGAGUCAGUUCUAAUGAGAGUUUUACGGGACUGUCCAUCAAAGGUAACAGUGCUGAUACUAUAAUGAAUGUUGUGUGAAAACAGUCAUGGGCUUGAGAGCAAACUACAACCUACAGCUGUUGACCAUAUGAGAAGAAGAUUCUUGACGAGUUGGCUGAUGGUAAUAGUUGAAUCAGUGAAAAUUGACUGACAUAAGUUGGUAAUCAGUACCAGCGCACUCUGCUUGAUGCCAAACUGAAUCAACAGACAAACUGUUUUUAGUGGCUUUGCAUUUGUGAAAACAGAAGUGACAUGUUAAAUAAAUGACUGCUGAAUGUUA